GUCACAUACACCAUCAUUCGCAACAUCAAGAUGAGGAGUUCAAGCAAGAAAGAAAGUCUCAAACAACUCUCACUUUUGUUGUUGUUGUCGGCGUCUUUGACUUUAGUUUCGGCAGAAGGAGCUGCGCAAUUCAAACGAAACAGACUUGGAAGCAAUGCGUUCUUGGAAAUGCGCGGUGGAGCAGCCAAAAAUCGAGCUGUCGCUUCUCCCACAUCUAGUCGUCGAACUGCAGUCGGUAGAAAUAAAAUCGUCGCCAAUGGAAACAGAGAGGAUGGAGCCUCGAUUGCCACAAGCGUCUUCAAUUUGGCCAACAACGUGGCCGGCGCUGGUAUUUUAACCCUUGCAGCUGGAAAAGCCAGUGGAACGGGAUGGAUUCCAUCCAUUGGUAUAUGUUUAACUCUCGCUAUGGUCAGCUCUCAUACCUUUUCCUUGGUAGGGAAAUCCUGCGCCUUGACGGGACUGAACAGUUUCAAGGAUUUGUGGGCGUACGCAUUUGACAGCGACAACAAGUCCGCAUGGAUCGUAGAUACCAUGGUAUUUGUCCAAUGCUUUUUUGUGUCCAUCAUUUACACUGGAUUACUUGGCGAUGUUUUUUCGGCUCUAUUUCGGGGAACUCUCGGUAUCGAACAAUGGUGGACGACCCGAACCUCUGUCAUCUGUAUCGCGGCGUCCAUGAUUCUGUUUCCGCUCAAUCUAAUUCGUGAUCUGAGUUCCCUCGGAUUCACCAGUAUCUUGGGAUUAAUUGCUGUGUUGUAUACUGUAGGUUUUAUGGUGGUCCGCGCUCUCGACGGUUCCUAUGGAAUUGGCAGUGCAGGAACAUCGGGUAGGUUUGUUAGCGAGGGACUCCUGCCGAAGAUACCGUCCUUCACGAAAUCCUCGCUGUGGAACGUCGACUUGAAUUCUUUAGUCUUGACCUCUAACUUGGGAUUGGCAUUCAUUUCACAUUACAAUGCCCCGAGCUAUUGGAAAUCUCUCGGAAAAUCUGCUUCAKCCCAAAAAUUCUCAACGAUUUCAAGACGCGCUUACCUCAUUCUCGCAUCAAUUUACGUGACCACCAUGGUGGCGGGGUAUGCCACCUUUGGUGACGAAAGCAUGGGAAAUAUUCUCUUGAACUAUUCUAGCAGCGAUGUAUUAGCAACCUUCGGCCGCUUAGCAACGGGACUUUCUAUCAUUUUUGGAUUUCCUCUCAUCUCGAAUGGCUGCCGGGAAGGAUUUAAAAAUGCGGCGUCCGCCCUCGACGUCUUUCCGCGGCUGCGGGAUCCUCAACACCACACACAGCUUGUCCUUUCCUUGCUCCUUGUCACAACGUCAUUGUCGAUUGUUGCCGAGGAUGUCGGAUUGGUAGCUGGAUUUACGGGCGCACUCAUGGGGUCGGCACUGGUCUAUAUCUGCCCAACCCUCCUCUAUUCCAAGAUCGUCGAACGGAAAUUGGGAGCUAACUCAGAUGACUAUGUACUUGCAAAACGGAAUCUAUUCUUCAUUCCUUUUGGCUUAUUUACAGCAUCAAUGGGUGUGACCAUGACACUGAAGAACGCCUUUGGUCGCUCAUGAUUCACGCAAUAGUUGUCUCGGUUGCACGCACUGGAGUAGCAAAGUGGUACGAAAUAACGAAUCAAUUAGUUUUGAGUUG